CGGCCCGAGGACGGAUACCGAGCUCCGAGAAGAACCGCGAUCAGCACCGGAGAGCAGCCGUGGUGCUGGUGGCGGCGCGGCCGCGAGUCAGGCGUGCCGUAGGGCAGCCCUGCGAAGGACCCCCCCGGUCGCCCUCGCGCCGGAUGAUGCAACCGGGCCCUGCGGCGGGGCCGCGCGGCGUGCGCGUGCACAGCGCGGGAGCGCGGACGGCGGACUGGGCGGUUACUGUUAGGGAGACCAUGUGGAUAUGAGAGCCUGCCCCAAGWUAMGAACAACCUGAAUGUCUUGUACAAAACAGGUUUGAGGUCCUCUUCUGUGACAGUGUGUAGGAGAGACCUGAAGAUCWUCUUACGCCUCAGCUUGACACUAACUGCAGACAGCAAAAUGACAGUCAGCCCCCCGGCGCCUCCCUCCGCCGCCCCCGGCUGUAUGGUACACGGAGCGAGGSCCCCUCUCCGCCGCUCCAGCGGGAGGAGCCGCGUCCUCAGCGCCGCCGCUGCAGAGAGGUGAUUCAUGGCAGGGGACGUGGAAGGGUUUAGCUCCUCCAUCCAUGACACCAGUGUCUCUGCAGGAUUCAGAGCACUGUAUGAGGAGGGAUUGCUWCUUGAUGUCACACUUGUCAUUGAAGACCACCAAUUUCAGGCCCAUAAAGCACUGCUUGCCACCCAGAGUGAUUACUUCAGGAUUAUGUUCACAGCUGACAUGCGAGAACGAGAUCAGGACAAAAUCCAUCUGAAAGGUCUGACAGCUACAGGCUUCAGUCAUGUCCUCCAAUUCAUGUACUAUGGAACAAUUGAACUGAGUAUGAACACUGUUCAUGAAAUCCUUCAGGCUGCCAUGUAUGUCCAGCUUAUAGAGGUGGUAAAGUUUUGCUGCUCUUUUCUCUUAGCUAAAAUCUGCUUAGAAAACUGUGCAGAAAUUAUGAGACUUCUGGAUGAUUUUGGUGUAAACAUCGAAGGAGUCAGGGAAAAACUGGAUUCCUUUCUGCUAGAGAAUUUUGUGCCACUCAUGUCCAGACCUGACUUCCUUUCAUAUCUGAGCUUUGAGAAGCUCAUGUCUUACUUGGAUAAUGAUCAUCUGAGCAGGUUUCCAGAGAUAGAGCUGUAUGAAGCUGUUCAGGCCUGGCUGCGCCAUGAUAGAAGACGCUGGAGGCACACGGACACCAUCAUUCAGAAUAUCAGGUUUUGUUUGAUGACACCAUCCAGUGUUUUUGAGAAGGUAAAAACAUCAGAGUUUUAUCGAUACUCCCGGCAGCUGCGACAUGAAGUUGACCAAGCCAUGAAUUACUUUCAUAGCGUUCACCAACAGCCUUUGAUGGAAAUGAAAUCGAACAAAAUUCGUUCUGCCAAACCCCAGACUGCAGUAUUUAGAGGAAUGAUAGGACACAGUAUGGUAAACAGUAAAAUUCUUCUCUUGCACAAACCGAGGGUCUGGUGGGAACUAGAAGGUCCUCAAGUACCUUUACGACCAGAUUGCCUUGCCAUUGUAAAUAACUUUGUAUUCUUAUUAGGUGGGGAAGAACUGGGGCCAGAUGGUGAGUUCCAUGCUUCAUCCAAAGUGUUUAGAUAUGACCCAAGACAGAACACUUGGUUACGGAUGGCAGACAUGUCUGUGCCACGUUCUGAGUUUGCUGUUGGAGUGAUUGGGAGGUAUGUUUAUGCAGUGGCUGGGAGAACCAGGGAUGAAACGUUUUACUCAACUGAACGCUAUGAUAUUACUGAAGAUAAAUGGGAAUUUGUGGAUCCCUAUCCAGUCAAUAAGUAUGGACAUGAGGGGACUGUGCUUGGUAACAAGUUAUAUAUCACUGGUGGAAUUACAUCAUCCUCAACUUCUAAGCAAGUGUGUGUGUUUGAUCCCAGUAAAGAAGGGACAGUAGAGCAGCGAACAAGGAGGACUCAAGUGGUCACUAACUGUUGGGAGAACAAAUGCAAAAUGAAUUAUGCAAGAUGCUUUCACAAAAUGAUUUCUUAUAAUGGUAAGCUUUAUGUCUUUGGUGGUGUCUGUGUGAUCCUGAGAGCCUCAUUUGAAUCUCAAGGRUGUCCAUCCACAGAGGUUUAUGACCCCGAUACUGAUCAAUGGACUAUAUUGGCUUCUAUGCCAAUAGGUAGGAGUGGUCAUGGUGUAGCUGUUCUGGACAAACAGAUAAUGGUUCUUGGAGGCCUUUGUUACAACGGUCAUUACAGUGAUUCAAUUCUCACCUUUGAUCCAGAGGAAAACAAAUGGAAAGAAGAUGAAUAUCCAAGGAUGCCRUGCAAGCUGGAUGGGUUACAAGUGUGCAGCCUGCACUUUCCUGAGUAUGUUUUGGAGCAUGUCAGACGUUGCAGCUAAAAUAGAACAAACAACCCAGUGAAAUGCAAAAGAGUUACACUAAUU